GUAGUGCGUAGCAUGCAGUACGCCAGUAUUCCUUUGUAACGUUUAUAAACAUCAUUUUUUAAUGUGAUACAUGGCUCCCUCGGGUGGCUGCUCGGCUGUGCUGCAACUGCGUCUUUAGUGUAAGGUUUCCGAAGCUGUCCGAAUGUUCCCGAAGGUUUCCGACACUCGCCGCCAGUCGAGCCAGUUUUUCCGCCCUGUCCGCGUCUCGGAGCCGGGGAUCUGCUUCCGUCCAUGGCCGUCUUCAGCGGCAUCCAGGCUUUAUUUACCGUCAUUUAACGCGUUCGUUUGGUGUAACGCGCGGCGGAUUAAACGCGUCAGAUCAGCAGGAGCGAAGCGAAGCGACGAGCGUUUGUUUCUGCGGAGAGGUUUUCACUGCGCUGGACUGAACGGGCCGAACGAGUCCAGAACACAUCAGAGCAGAUCAGACCAGCAGCAUCAGUGUGGAUGUGCUGGAGCUCCGCGGCGCGUCUGGAAACAUCAGCAGAAGCAGGUUAUUUCUACUCGUUUUUCUCAGGGUCAGCAGAGGAAGAGAGAGAGUGAGAGACACAGACGGGCGUCUAUCUUUCUCUCUCUCUCUCUUCACCUGCGUCCGCAGCAGCAGCAGGGUCUCUGUAAGGCACUCGUGUCUCUGGCGCAGCUUCUGUCCAAACCAUGACGUCACCCCCGUCCCCGCUGGCCUCCCCGUCCCCGUGUCCUCCUCCCCCUCCCUCGCUCCCGUCCUCCCCCACGCUCUCCUCUCCCGCCCCGUCCUCGCUCCCCCUGCAGCCCGCUCUGCCGCCCACCGGAGAGGUCACCCUGCUGUCCUCCGACCCACUCCUGCCCCUGUCCCCGCCCUUCCGCUGUCGUCUCCCGGGACCCUCGCCCGCUCCUCAGGUGACCAACGCCUCCGUGAGGGCGGAGAAAAGAGACGGAGAUCUGCCCCAGUGCAAGCAGUUCAUCAACGGCACGCGGUCGAGUGUGAAGGACUGUGAUGCUGGUUAUGAAUACAACGUCACCGAAGGACUGACCAAUAAUAUCGUCACAGAGGUGGGUCGACACUUCUGUGUUUCUUUGCGUUUGGCUGUAGGUGUGGAACUGUGUGACCCGUCGCUGCGGCUGCCGGCGACGAUGAUGUCCGGUCUGACCGUGUUUGCGGGCGAGCUCCUGUUGCUGGCUGUGGCCCUCGGCUGCGGCUCCUGGAGGGGCCUGUUAGGAACCGGAGUAGCUCCUCUGUCCUUGUUCCUGUGCUACGGGAUCCCGGGAGUGUUUCCCGAAUCGCCGCGCUGGCUUCUGCUCUCCGAGAGGACGGGAGACAUGAAUUCCUUCAGCGAGCGGCAGAGAGAUGACGACAGCUUCACGGAGCUGGACACAGAAUCGUCCUCGUCUCCUGGACGUCCUCACCUGUCCUUCCCAGAGCUGCUACACAGCAGAAACAUCUGGAAAAACCUGUGUGUGCUGGGAUUCACUUCGUUCAUCUCUCAUGGCAUCAGUCACUGCUACAGCUCCUUCAGAGGUGAUGUCAGAGGAUUCACCCCCAGCUUCUAUUGGACGUACCUGCUGUCUGUAUGUGCAGGGGGCGGGGCCUGGCUGUUGCUCUGGGCAACGGUGGACAGGUUUGGUCGUCGUGGAAUUCUUCUUCUAGCCAUGACCUUGACCGGACUGGCCUCCCUAAUUCUGCUCGGACUCAUGGACUAUCUGAGUGAGUCAGCCAUGACUGUGUUCUCUAUAAUGGGCCUGUUCUCGUCCCAAGCGGCCGCCUCUCUCUCUAUUCUGUUCACCGCUGAAGUCAUGCCCACCAUCAUCAGGAAACCAUGUCUGGCCCUGCUGGCGGUCCUCUCCAUCCUGCUUCUCCCGGAGAGCAAACGCAAACCCCUUCCACAGACGCUGGCGGAUGGAGAACAGUACCGCCGUCCUCCGCUGGGCCGAAGACGUAGGGAUAACGUUCCUCUUCUGGCUACACCUAACCCAGAGACCUAGCCUUCACUCUGACCUCGGAGUCCCAUCCUAAUAAUCCUGUAUUUGUAGUCAUUCCUAACACGUGUCAGUGGAGUCGUGGCACAUGGACUCCAUCAUGAAGUGUGAGGGGUGAAGGGUACCGAACCGCGUCCAGAGUACGCAAACGCUUGUUAGCGCUCAGUGGCAUAAACCAUGAGACAAGGGUGUACACUUUGACUAAACAUUGAAGUCUGACCCAUGUAGCAUUUGGUGACUUAUUAGUAAUAUAUUAGACCAAUAUGAGACAAGGGCUCAAAAUGGCAAUGAUCGUUUUGAAAUAUAUUUAUCCCUGUGAAAACAGGCUUAAGUUCUCACUCCAGAUGGAAGAAAUGGAAUUGGUUCUCUAACACGUUGCUGCUAAGAAUGGCGCGCCCAGAGGAUCGCUGAAGGACUGAUCAGUGCUUCGGGCGAGAAACGUCAAGGAUAAUUUAUGGGCACUCUGAUUAGACUGAGGCAUGAUACCAGAAACACUUAUUACUGUAUGUUACACGUCACUCUUUGUUAAAGGAAUAUUAUAGGAAUGCAACUUGAGUUGUGUACUGUAUGUGCAGAAGCUGGGACGUGUUGUCAAUUACUCCAUUUUAUGUCUCUAUUGCACAGCCAGGUGUUAUUUUUUGUCGCAGAUGAAUUACAGAAGCGAAUUACAAAAAAUAUAUCCUCCAUAUUUCUGCUUUUAACUCCUCUAGUGCAACAUCCAUUCUUUACUGUGCACACUUAUCCUGUUUUGUACAAACUAAGGGAGGCGGCAGAACAAUUUUGUGGAAUAAUUUGACAGCUUAAGUUGCAAUAAACCUGUAAUAUUCCUCUAAUGAGGCAGACGGAAAUAACACUGCUCGUAGCAUCCCUUAUUUCUCUGUUCCUUACCUUAAACAUCGAGGAUGACAAGUAUGAUAGCAGAGGGAAGGAACGCACAGGUUCAUUUGAAUGUUGACAGUCAGGAUUUAUUUGUGUCUGAUGUCUUUCUAUUUAGUCUUUGCCUAUUGCAUUUUCAGUCUGAUUAUGAAAUAAGGAACAUUGGAAACAUGAGUUAUGUAGCUUUCUCUUGUAAACGCGUCUUUGUGUUAGAUUCUUUAAAAUGCACUUAAUAGUUCUGAAUUGUUAGUAAUAAUUUGAAUUAUUAUUAUUACUACUACGUUAAUAAUAAAGGAUAAUAGUAAUAAGUCUGAUGAUUGCACACUUACUAAACAAUGCUG